AUGGAACACCAAUUGUGUCUACCUGUCGCGGCAAGUUGCGAGCUUGGCUGCUCCCCUCAGGCAGGGCCCAGAAAGAAUCCCGCUGCAUCCACCGUUGAGCACAUCGACCUCUCCGACGAUGAUGACGAUGUGGUCAUUGAAACCAGCUGGAGCUCUAUAACCAAUGGGGGUGCAUGCGAUUGUGACGCUUUCUUCGCCGCUAACGUCAAGACUUGGCCAGCGCCACAGCGCAAGAACCGUCAAAGUGAGACGUCGCAGAACAGCAGAGAUUCGAUUGGUCCUCUGCCCUUGAACUUUUCAAUAGAAGCAUUUUCGGAGGUUUCCGCCCGUUCUCGACCUCUUCCGUCGCUAGAACGAGGCGGCCGAGACCAAGUCACACGACUGGAAGAGUUCCAUGUCUUCAAGGUCAAUGCAAAGGGUUGGAAGAAAGGCGAUUCAACUCGGCUGACCACAAAGGAUGAUACAUGGGUUAUCGUCAUGCUCGUCAAAGCCUGA